AGCAGUCCCGGCGCCAUGUCGGUGGUGGGCAUAGACCUGGGCUUCCAGAGCUGCUACGUCGCGGUGGCCCGCGCGGGCGGUAUCGAGACGAUUGCGAAUGAGUACAGCGACCGCUGCACGCCGGCUUGUAUUUCUUUUGGUCCUAAGAAUCGUUCAAUUGGAGCAGCAGCUAAAAGUCAGGUCAUCUCCAAUGCAAAGAACACAGUCCAAGGGUUUAAAAGAUUCCAUGGGCGAGCAUUCUCUGACCCAUUUGUGGAAGCAGAAAAAUCUAAUCUUGCAUAUGAUAUUGUGCAAUUACCCACUGGAUUAACAGGUAUAAAGGUCAUGUACAUGGAAGAAGAGCGGAGUUUUACCACUGAGCAAGUGACCGCCAUGCUUUUGUCCAAACUGAAGGAGACAGCAGAGAGUGUUCUUAAGAAGCCUGUUGUUGACUGUGUGGUUUCGGUUCCUUGUUUUUAUACUGAUGCAGAAAGACGGUCAGUGAUGGAUGCAACCCAGAUAGCGGGCCUCAAUUGCUUGCGGUUAAUGAAUGACACAACUGCAGUUGCUCUUGCAUAUGGAAUCUAUAAGCAAGAUCUUCCUGCUUUAGAAGAAAAACCAAGAAAUGUAGUUUUUGUAGACAUGGGACAUUCUGCUUAUCAAGUUUCUGUUUGUGCAUUCAACAGAGGAAAACUGAAAGUUUUGGCCACAGCUUUUGAUACAGCACUGGGAGGCAGAAAAUUUGAUGAGGUGUUAGUAAAUCACUUCUGUGAAGAAUUUGGAAAGAAAUACAAGCUAGACAUAAAAUCUAAAAUCCGUGCUUUAUUACGACUGUCUCAAGAGUGUGAGAAACUCAAGAAGCUGAUGAGUGCCAAUGCUUCAGAUCUUCCUUUGAGCAUUGAGUGCUUUAUGAAUGAUAUCGACGUGUCUGGAACCAUGAACAGAGGCAAAUUUCUGGAGAUGUGUGAUGAUCUCCUGGCUAGAGUGGAGCCUCCACUUCGAAGUGUCUUGGAACAAGCCAAGUUAAAGAAAGAAGAUGUUUAUGCAGUAGAGAUAGUUGGUGGUGCUACACGAAUCCCUGCAGUGAAAGAAAGGAUCGGUAAAUUUUUUGGUAAAGAACUUAGUACAACAUUAAAUGCGGAUGAAGCUGUCACUCGAGGCUGUGCAUUGCAAUGUGCAAUCUUAUCGCCUGCUUUCAAAGUGAGAGAAUUUUCUAUCACGGAUGUGGUAGCAUAUCCAAUAUCUUUGAAGUGGAAUUCUCCAGCUGAAGAAGGGUCGAGUGACUGUGAAGUCUUCCCUAAAAAUCAUGCCGCUCCUUUCUCCAAAGUCCUCACAUUUUAUAGAAAGGAACCUUUCACCCUUGAGGCCUACUAUAGCUCCCCUCAAGAUCUGCCCUAUCCAGAUCCUGCUAUAGCUCAGUUUUCCGUUCAGAAAGUCACUCCACAAUCUGAUGGCUCCAGUUCAAAAGUGAAGGUCAAGGUUCGAGUAAAUGUCCAUGGCAUUUUCAGUGUGUCCAGUGCGUCCCUAGUAGAGGUGCACAAGUCCGAGGAAAAUGAGGAACCAAUGGAAACCGAUCAAAAUGCAAAGGAAGAAGAGAAGAUGCAGGUGGACCAGGAAGAGCCACAUGCUGAAGAGCAGCCGCAGCAGCUGCAGCCGCAGCAGACACCAGCAGAAAACAGGACAGAGUCUGAAGAAAUGGAGACCUCUCAAGCUGGGUCAAAAGACAAAAAGAUGGACCAACCACCCCAGGCCAAGAAGGCGAAAGUGAAGACCAGCACGGUGGACCUGCCAAUUGAGAACCAGCUGUUGUGGCAGAUAGACCGUGAGAUGCUCAAUUUGUACAUUGAAAAUGAGGGUAAGAUGAUCAUGCAGGAUAAGCUCGAGAAGGAGCGGAAUGAUGCCAAGAACGCAGUGGAAGAAUAUGUGUAUGAGAUGAGGGACAAGCUCAGUGGUGACUAUGAGAAGUUUGUGAGUGAAGAUGAUCGUAAUAGUUUUACCUUAAAAUUAGAAGACACGGAAAAUUGGUUGUAUGAAGAUGGAGAAGAUCAGCCAAAGCAAGUUUAUGUAGAUAAAUUGACUGAAUUAAAAAAUUUAGGUCAGCCUAUUAAGACACGGUUCCAGGAAUCUGAAGAAAGACCAAAGUUGUUUGAAGAACUCGGGAAGCAAAUCCAGCAGUACAUGAAAAUGAUCAGCUCCUUUAGAAACAAGGAGGACCAGUACGACCACCUGGAUGCUGCUGACGUGACAAAGGUGGAAAAGAGCACGAACGAGGCCAUGGAGUGGAUGAACAACAAGCUGAAUCUUCAGAACAAGCAGAGCCUGGCUGUGGACCCAGUCGUCAAGACAAAGGAGAUCGAGGCCAAAAUUAAGGAGCUGACGAGUAUUUGUAGUCCUAUAAUUUCAAAGCCCAAACCCAAAGUGGAACCUCCAAAAGAGGAGCAAAAGCAUGCUGAGCAGAACGGACCUGUGGAUGGAGGAGACAGCCCAGGCCCGCAGGCUGCCGAGCAGGGUGCAGACACAGCUGUGCCUUCCGACGGUGACAAGAAGCUUCCUGAGAUGGACAUUGAUUGAUUCCGACACUUGUUUAUAUUAAAACAGACUAUUAUAAAGCUUUAAGUUGUCAACUUUGUUCUAAAUAUCAACUAGAGCAAGAGAAUACUGGAGAUUUCUUAGUCAGUUUUUAGGGGAUCUUGGGGGGGUGGGGGAUAUAGUAAUGUAUGGAGCAUUUUGACUUCUAAAUAGUUAGAUCCAGAAAUGAAGUGCAUUGUAUCUUUUCAUGAUGGUACUAUUUAGAAGCCCAGGUAGUCUGACUGAGCUUAUGCUUCACUUCUAUGUUUUAAUCAUGCUUCAAACAAGAGUAAAUGUGUUUGGAAAGUUGAGCUACAGCAAAAGCCAUGGCUAGCUGUCAGACAGGCUUUUCAUCGUGACAUACAAGAUGGGAGCUUCCAAUGAUGCUUGAAAAGCCUGUGUGGAGGUUGCCACCAACCUUCUCUUGCCUGGCCUGGGGAUGGGUGGGGUUCUCCAUUUCUGAGGCUCAGAGCAUGACCUGGCAUGGAAUAACAGAGCAGUGUGGUCGGCUCCGAGGCCUUGCCUGCCCUCUACCCUAGCCCUGUUCUCGCCUGUUGCUUCAGCGAGAGCUCUGAGUGCCAUGUGCCGCUCUUGUAGAGCAAGUUUCAGUAAACGUAAGAAUUUAGAUUUGAGGGCCCUUCCUGAAAAUGUGUUCACUAAUACUGAAGCAUCAGAGUCCCAUCUGUCCUUCAGAAGGUUAGAGUUGGGUAGAUGCACUCUUGGAUGUAGGUGUGGUAACUGAGGAAUCUAUCUAUGCUUGUUCAUUAUGGGAUAAAGAUUUGUAUCUUGGCCUGUUUGGAGGGAGAUGAUGUGUAUAAAUUCAAGGUUUAGCUGGAACUCCUAGGCUAAGAGUUCAAAGUUCUUAGCUCACUCACCAUCCCCUGUGUGUUGUGUUAAUAUCUGCCAUGAAUGCCAAUCUGCCCGUGUUAGAACAGCAGACAGGUGGUAAGAUUAAGCUACACUGGAUUAUCCUGGAUGAGUCUGAAGUUACUGUGGAGGACACAAGAUGUCCAAGGUCACAGAAACUCUUCAUUCUGGACCGCAGCCAGAGUCAGGCUCACUAGAGCUUUCCCCACCCUGCUCCUGGGGCAAAGGCGACAGCUUGAAAACUUGAGGGAAGUCUGUAGUGUAGAGGCCAGGUUGUUACCUGCCUCACUUUAUAACAGCCGAUACUCGGUGUGACAGAAUGCUUCUCUGUUCAUUUUGCCCUGUUGGAAAUAAGCUUAAACCUUGCGUAGUGAGAAUGACUGUUCUGUCCAUCUACACUGGAAGGGCUUAAGAAGUGCCCCAACUCUCAAGUGCUGUAGAGACAGUUGCUUGGGGAGAAAAAAUGCAUGCUUAGGUGAGCGAGACUGGAGACUCCCCAGUGCAGGCCUUAGCCCAUGGCCUGGUGCGUCUUUAGUGAGCCCUGUGUCUUGGGUGCUACAGGAGUUCCUGCCGGCCUUGGUAUUCCAAGUGCAGGCUUCAGGAUUAAGCCAACGCUUAUGCAACUGACUGUCCUUAAUGACCAUUUCUUAUAAACAUUUGUGUGUAGGGGGGAGGGUUUGGGUGUUGGGAUGGGGGUGAAUUUGAAGGUAAAUCUAGAAAUUGGAUGAUCUGCUUGUGCUGUAGACAGGCUAUAAGAACAAUUGGAUGUAUGUGGAGGCAGGCCAGA